AUGGCCGAGUCACCCGUUCCUGAAACGCUGAACAGCGUCUUCGACGCUCCCCUCAAAGACCGAUAUGAUCCCGUUCGCUUGUCCUCCGAGAACAUCGUCUCCAUCUUCGAGCUGCCCCUGGCCAAGAAAGUCCUCGGCAACGACGCCGACAGCGAGGCAAUUGCAAACAUCGCCAAUGCCAAUACCUCCUAUACAGCCUUCGUCGCAGACAAGGCCCGAACCGCCCUUCAAACCCCGCCCGACGGCUUGACGGUUGAGCAAACACAAUCGCAAAUCUUGCACAUUGGACUAGCGGCGCUGUUCAGUUUUCUGCAGUCUAACGUUACCGGACCCCCUCUGGACUUCAACUCGGCUGAGAUUCUUCUUCCCCCUGCCCUGCGAGGCGACGUCAAGGUUCUUCGAGCUGUGCGGGCGAAGAUCAUUCGCGAUCUCACCGUUGACGGUGAGGCGGCCUACAAGCUUACACCCAACCCUGAGUUGUUCUCAGUCGCCAAGGCCCUGCUAGUGGAUGCAAACAACGAGGGAUCGGUUGUGGCGAAGACAGCAAGCAUGCGUGUCAACUUCCUUCACCAGAAGAUGCUGUCUGAAGUCACCAGCACAUUGCAAGAUUUCAUCUACAAGGGCGUGGAAGCUCUGAACAAGGCGGAUUUGACUGCGGAUGAAAAGGGACGGUUCUUGUUGGAGCGCGCGAUUAUCAACACUCACCACGGUUUCGAUGUCAAGGCACGGGCGGAUCUUGACCAGGCAUGCCAGAUCCGGAACUUUGAGUUUGCCUUGACGGGUCAGAUGGGCAAGCGGACGAAGUUCCAGGAGCGUGAUACCAGUCAGCUGGUUGUACUGGCGAAGAGUUCCGAUGAAACCCCCAAGUCUGCCGGUCCCUCUGGCCCUAAGAACCUGGAUCUCAACGAUGAUACCCUCCUCGAAGCCAUCUCUUUCACCGAGAGCAAAGCUACAAAUGUCCAGGAUGAGCUUUCGCCAGCUCUGCAAUCGGUCGACCCUAAUGACCAGCCUAUUCUCAACCCUGUGGAUUCCGCUAUCUUGUUAGCGAUGGCAUCCGCCAUCACCAACACCGCACCUGAGAACGGCUUGACGCGUGAGGAGACACAGCCAUACGCCACUCGAGUUCUCGAGGGCGGCAGCUCGAACUGGCAGAUCUACACGGAAGCCCUUUUAGUACGCAGUCGCGUGGAGGGCUACCGUGUGCGUACUGUCGAGAGAUCUGUGCUGCAAAUGCAGGCUCUUGUUGACCAAGUCAUUGCAGACACAGCGACGGACGACUCGGCUGCGCAGCAGCCUUCAGCUGAGCCCUCCACCUUCUUGCCUCGUCCCGAGAAAUCCGAGUCUGCCUCUGCCGCUGACCGAUUGGAAUACAUCUGGCUCAUGAACUUCUCAACUCGGUGGAGCCUCGAGGCCGAGUUAGCCAAGCGCUGGGUCGAGCUUGGUGGUCUCCGUACUGCACUUGAAAUUUACGAAAGACUUCACAUGUGGGCCGAGGCCGCUUUGUGCUAUGCUGCAACCGAGAAGGAGGCCAAGGCUCAGAGUAUUGUGCGACGCCAGCUUUACGAGGCGACUGGUCAGGACGAAGAUGAUGAAAAUGAGAAGUUUGACGGCCCAGAGCGGUCGGCUGAGACCUUGCCAGCGGAUGCUCCCCGUCUGUUCUGCAUCCUGGGAGAUAUCGAGAAGAACGAGAAGCUUUACGAGCGUGCCUGGGAAAUCUCAGGAAAGCGAUAUGCCCGCGCUCAACGCUCUCUGGCUCGUCAUUACCUCUCUCUCACACCACCCGAGCUAGAGAAGGCCGAAGAAGCCUACCGCCAGAGUCUGCACAUCAACCGCCUCAACCACGGCGCCUGGUUCGCUCUCGGCUGUGUCCAGCUCGAGCUACAGCAUUGGGAGGACUCUACCGACUCCUUCACCCGCUGCGUGCAACUAGACGACACCGACGGCGAAGCAUGGAGCAAUCUAGCAGCUUCAAUGCUACGGACGUCAGUCCCGGAGUCCACCACCCCCAGCGAGGAAGUAGACGAAAACAACCCCGACGUCGACCCCCACAAGCGCAAGCGUGAAGCCCUCGUCGCCCUCCUGCGUGCUGCACAAAUCAAACAUAGCGAUGCCCGCAUCUGGGAUAACGUCCUGACAGUCGCCGCCUCAAUCCCGCCCCCCUCAACUCCUUUCCGCGACGUGAUCACGGCGCAGAAGCGAAUCAUCGAACUCCUCGGCGCAAAGAAGGGCGAGAAAUGCAUCGACGGACCCAUCUUAGCAAUGCUAGUCGAUUUCCUCUGCACAGCCUUCGAAUACGACUCCCUCCUCAUCCCCUCCGAUUCCGGCCCCAUCAUUCGCACAGGUACAAUCGCAGGCCAGAUCCUCUCCCUGAUAGACGACCACGUCGUUCCCCUAAUCACGCAUUCCGCUGCACUGUGGCUCGUCGUUUCGCGCGUCGAGGCGUUCCGCGAACGUCCAGCUGCUGCUCUGGAGGCGCAUGAGAAAGCCUGGCGGGCGACUGUUGCGAAAUACGCGCAGGGUGCAUUCCAGAUGGGCGAUGAGAAGCCCUGGCUUGAGGUUGUUCGCUCUACUGAGAAGCUUGUUCGGGAGGGGUAUGCUAAGUAUGGGCCUAUGGAUCGGGAGGGGCAGACGGUUGAGGGUGAUAAGGAGCUGGCGAUGGUUGCUAGUGACUGGCGCUUUAAGGCGAGAAGUGCCGUGAGAGGUAUUUUGGGUAAGGGGAAGGACUUCUGGGAGGACUCUGAGGGGUGGACUCGGUUGAAGGCGCUGCAGGGUGAGGUUACUGGCAGCUAA